AUGUCCAAAUUGCAAGGCAAUACGCGUCAAACUGUUAGCUGGGUGCUUCUUCUUAUGUAUCUGGGCGGGACUUUCUACUUAAUGCAUUACCUUUUCGACAUAAGCGACCAGUAUUCACAGCUUGCAUUGGAUCAUGCGAAGCACUACAAGAAAAAAGAUCGACAGCUGUUGGGAAUCUACGACAUGAUAGCUGAACACAUGUUCAACGUGCCGUUCUCCUGGUGGAUUGUUAUCCUUCUUGUGCCUUACAUUUCCAUUUUUGCCCUGCUGAUCACUUGCACUCGCACGAAUUGUGUAUUACUCGGCGAUAAAGCCGACUGUCGCCUUCCCCAUGUGAAAGUGGACCAAACUUUCAAAGCUGGCAAGGGAGCCAAAGUUAAGUGA